AUGUUCAUUUUCGACUUUUUCAAAAAUAUGUUAGGCUACUUAGGUCUUUACAAGAAAAAUGGAAAAAUAUUAUUUUUAGGUUUAGAUAAUGCUGGUAAGACUACUUUGUUAAGAAGAUUGAAAGAUGGUCGUCUCGUUUAGCACGAUCCAACUCUUGGUUCCCACACCGAAGAAUUAGUAUUAGGAAACAUCCGCUUUAAAGCCUUCGAUUUAGGUGGUCAUGAAGCUGUUAGAAAAACAUGGAAAAAUUAUUUUGCUUCUAUUGAUGGCAUUGUCUACUUAGUUGAUAGCUCUGACCGUGCUCGUUUUGAAGAAUCAAAAAUUGAAUUUAACAAAAUCAUUUAAACCAAAGAACUUGAAAAGGUUCCAAUUGUAAUUCUUGGUAAUAAGAUUGACAUUUAAGGAGCUGCCUCUGAAGAUGAACUUAGAAUAAACUUUGGAUUAGCAAAUUCAUCAUAAAUUGGUAUAGAAAAGAUUACCGAAAUAGACGGCCGUCCCAUUGAAUUGUUUAUGUGCUCUGUUUCUAAAAAGAUUGGCUACGCUGAUGGUUUCUAAUGGCUUUCUAAAUUCUUAAAAUGA